GGGUCGCGCCCCGCCUGAGUUUGAGGAUUGAGGAUGGAGGGCGCUUCCUGUUUCAUUUGUUUGGGCGGCCCGGACGAAGGCAAACUCGAGAAGCCGUGCAGAUGCCGUACCUCGCACCGCAGCUGCCUCGACACGUGGCGCAAGCAGAGUGAGAAAGAAUGCCACUGGACGGAUUGAAUGGAACAAAGAGCACACACGGUGGCUUAUGUAUGCCGUCUACAGGCAAGGACCCCACCCGCUGUGAGAUCUGCCAGAGGUGAUGGAUGCGUCACAAAAAAAACAACAAAUCCAUCCAUCCAUCCAUCGUGUGUUGUAUCCUUCCUGCAGUGUGUACCUGACCGUCGCAUCGCUCACCGUGGCGCUUCCGUCGGUGUCCGAGGUGCUGCGGUUCAUGGUCUUCCGCCUGGCAUACCCCAUCAUCUGCGUGUUGCUGCUGCUGUACAUUCCCGUGCCCGAGCAGCCCGUGGCGACGGAGCUCAGCUGCAUCGACGCCGUCAAGAUUUGCAACGACUUGAUGCACCACCCCAACCCGGCCGUGCACUCCCCGUGGGCAAAGAUCUGCCUUCCCUUCAACUACGACGCGUAUCAUGCCAGAUACGAGAAGGGGACUGCCCAUGGAAUCAAGGAGGUCAUCAGAGGCCGGGCUCUCGUCCCGCCCAGGCGACUGCGCGGCGUCCUGAUGGACCUUGCAGUCAAAUGGGCCCUCCCAGUACGUCUUUACGCAUUCCAAUGGAUGGAUACCCACCGUCAUUGUCACUUCCUUUUGUGCUGCUUGUGUAUGUUGUCGGUGCCGUGCAGGAGUUCGUCAUCCUGUUUGCAUCGCUGUGGCUCUUCAAGGCACUCGCCGAGGUCGCCCCCCAGCUGCCCAACCCCAUCUGGCACAUCAUGACCAUUCGCAGGCUGUUCCACGGCGUGCCGCACAUGCAGUGCUACCUCUAUUGGCACCAUGCGGCCCGGUUGGGCAUCUCUGGCAUCUCGCUGUUCCUUCUGCUCACUGCCAUACGCAUCGCGCUGGAUCUUGCGAUGACUGAAAUGGGGGUGCAGUGAGAAGGCAGGUGCAACCAAUGGUCCCGCGACAGACAGACAGACAGACAGACAGACAGAGGCGCCAACACUCAAUGCUAAAUCGAGUGCAUUGAUGAGACCCAGAGCAACAUGACUGACACACGUAUGGCCAUCAACACACCAUGAAUGUCCAUGGAUGCAGCACCAUGUACUGUGUGUGCGUCUUGAAAAAUGGC